UUGUCCAAUCCUGCGUUAAAGGACCAUAAAACUAUCGAACUCAACGAGGAAUGGAAUAACUUUAUGAAGAGAAUAGGAGAGGUAUCAAAUCUGGUCAAAGAUAUGGCCAGCGGUGACAAGGAAAGAGCGGAGGCUGCUAAGAUUGUAGCUGACAAAUACCUAGAGGGAAAAAUGAUUUUAGACGAUGAUGUCAAAAUGGUCGUCAAAGAAGAUAGGACUGUUAUUAACGAAAAUGCUUUCAAAACAAUGGGAAAGAAAGAUACAGGUGAAAUUGAUAAAGACGCUUGGAUGGCAGAAGUCAGUAAGGAUGCUGAGAGAAGAGCAUUAGAUAGAAAGAUACGUAUGGAAAAAGCUGAUACUCUCAAAACUCAGGCGGUCAAAGCAUUCCGAAGAGAGGACUAUGACAGAGCUCUGUCCUGCUACAACAAAGCUAUAGAACAGGUUAAAGAUAACGCCAUGCUGUACUGCGAUCGUGCUUUGACCAAUAUCAAACUUGGGAACUAUCAAAAGGUGUUCAGUGACUGUGAGUGGGCGAUGCGUAUCAAUGAAAACAGCUUUAAAGCGAGACUUUACAGAGCUAAAGCACACAAGGAGCUGGAAAAUAUUGAGUAUGAAGAAUGCAGGAGGGAAUUGGAUGAAAAAUUCCCACAACAUGAUGACCUUAUAAAAUACUUCCUAGAUAAAAACGACUAUGAUGACGCCUAA